AACAGCAACACAUUCCCGGCGCCACAGCAGAGCCCCAGAACUGGAAAUGUGAUUCAGCUAAGUACACGAGAGCGUCGUACCUGGUUAAACGAGCCGAGAACGGCUGUCAGACGCUGCUAGAGUCGGUAAGGGUAAAAAAGGUCGAAUACGUAGAGAAAAGAGUGCAGUCGCGAAAGAAACACCAUUUAAAGUGAGUUUAUACAAACAACAGAGGAUUUAAUAAGUGGACGCGAGACGAGAGAGUUGGACCCGUGGCAGAUGUAAGAUGUCAUCGACAAAGGUGGAUUAAACUACAGGGGUGUUAAGGGAAUCAUGAAAACAAUAUCUACACAGGUGACUUCAGAGCCGACAGGAAUGGCUUGAUUUCUCAUCCCGGGAGAGCGGUGGGACAACGCUGUCAGAGGCACUCAUGUUUCUGUGGAAGAGAAAGAAAGUUUGCUGCACUUCAUUCGGAUACAAGUCUACUUUCUGAGAGGCAUUCCUGCUGUACACUUUUCCGUAUCCAAGUGGCAGAGCCCGCCAGUUUUGGUGUCGGCUCAUAACUGUUGACAAUGUCCAAACCCGUGCUAAAGAAAAACCACUGGACCUUCAGAGUAAACGAGUGCUCCGUCUCGAAAGAUGCCAGCGGCGACUUGAAUGUGCCACUGCGCGGCGGAGCGGAGAACGGCGAGUUCGCCUACAUCGGGCAAGUUAACGAGGAUGCCGUGGUUUACAAAAUUGGAAAAGUAAAUGAAGGAGAACUGCUGCUGGAGGUGGAGAAUCUCUCCAUUUCAGGAUUACCCUUGUACGACGUACGUACAGUGAUAAAGAACUGCAAAGGUCCCGUCAGGUUGAAAACUGUCAGGCAAGGAAGUAAGCUGAACAAGGACCUGAAGCAUUAUCUGAGCCAGCGCUUCCAGAAAUCCUCGCCUGACCACGAACUGCAGCAGACUAUCCGAGACAACCUCUACCGUCACGCCGUGCCUUGUACAACCCGCACCCCGCGUGAAGGAGAAGUUUCUGGCGUGGACUACAACUUCCUCUCAGUGGAGGACUUCCUGAAGUUGGAGAAGAGUGGGACCCUGUUGGAGAUAGGAACGUAUGACGGUAACUAUUAUGGGACACCCAAGCCACCGGUGCAGCCCCCUGGUGGGAAAGUGAUUAGCAGUAGCGGCGGUGAUGCCCCACUGUCCGACGGGCUCAGCGGUAGCCUGCCGGGCUCGCAGAACUCCACUCCCCAACGCACCAAGUCCUACAAUGACAUGCAAAAUGCUGGAAUAGGGCCUGGAGAGCAGCAGCAGGAGGACGACGAGGACCUUCCUGACAUGAACAGUAGCUUUACAGGAGAUUCCAGUGAACUAGACGAGAUUCACCCCUUCGCCCCCCGCAAGAGUGACCCGCCCUACGUUGGGAGAACCCCCUCACCAUCGGCCACCACGGAGAGCACUCAGCAGUCACACUCUCACCUGAGCCAUCCUCCCCCGGAGGACCCGCUGGGACCUCUGCCUGACAACUGGGAGAUGGCCUACACCGAGAACGGAGAGGUCUACUUCAUAGACCACAAUACAAAGACCACGUCUUGGAUAGACCCUCGGUGCCUGGACAAGCCUCAGAAACCCCUGGAAGAAUGUGAAGACGAUGAAGGGGUACACACAGAGGAGCUGGACAAUGAUCUCGAACUUCCACAAGGAUGGGAGAAAAUAGACGAUCCAGUGUAUGGGGUCUACUAUGUUGAUCAUAUCAACAGGAAGACCCAGUAUGAGAAUCCAGUGUUGGAGGCUAAGAGGCGCAGGCAGCUGGAACAGCAGCAGCCUCAGCAGCCUCAGCCCCAAAGCCAGCAGCCACCUGAAGGUGAGCGCUACAUCCGAGAAUGGAUCGAGGAUUCUGUGUUAGCAGGGGCCCCACUGGCCAGCUAUGCUGCCAACCAGGAGACCUACAGGGACCCUAAGACAGGACCUCCAGUGCCCAACGCGAUGGGGCAAAAACGAGGGAAGCCUUUCUUUACUCGGAACCGAUCUGAACUGAAAGGGACUUUCAUUAAUACCAAGCUGAAAAAGAGUCGUCGGGGGUUCGGUUUCACUGUUGUUGGAGGCGACGAGCCAGACGAGUUCCUGCAGAUCAAGAGCCUGGUCCUGGAUGGACCUGCUGCCCUCGAUGGAAAAAUGGAGACAGGUGAUGUGAUCGUGAGCGUCAACGACACAUGUGUGCUAGGCUACACCCAUGCCCAAGUUGUAAAGAUCUUCCAGUCCAUCCCAAUUGGCUCUAUGGUCAACUUGGAGCUGUGCCGCGGCUACCCACUGCCCUUUGACCCCGAUGACCCAAACACUAGCCUGGUAACCUCAGUGGCCAUUCUUGAAAACAAGGAGCCCAUCAUUGUCAACGGCCAGGAGGCCUCCAACAGCUACGACUCGCCGUCCAGCCACAGCAGUCAGAACACUAACAACGGCUCGACCAACGGAGGAGCACCCCUCAACGGCCUGCCCCGACCCCACAGCCCCUCGGCAGAGGUGGCCUCCGAUACCUCGUCCCAGCACGGUUACCCCAGCGACGUGGUCACCCUGGCCUCAUCCAUCGCAACACAACCGGAGCUCAUCACCGUACACAUGGAGAAAGGAGACAAGGGCUUCGGCUUCACCAUCGCCGACAGUCCCGGAGGCGGAGGGCAGAGAGUGAAGCAGAUCGUGGACUACCCGCGCUGCCGCGGCCUCAAAGAGGGUGACAUCAUCGUGGAGGUGAACAAGAGAAACGUACAGAGCAUGUCCCACAACCAGGUGGUCGACCUGCUCAGCAAGUGUCCCAAAGGCAGCGAGGUCACCAUGCUGGUGCAGAGAGGUGUGGCACCUGCAAAAAAGAGCCCCAAACUGCAAUUGUCGAGAAAGGACAGUCAGAACAGCUCCCAGCAUAGCGUUUCCAGCCACCGGAGCACCCACACAGACUCUCCCGUGCACACGUCCCUGGCACCCCCUCUUAGCGAGAGCAUCGCUCCCCCGCCCCCCUCUCAGCCCCUGCCAGGCCUGCCGCCCCAGGACUCCCCAGCAGACGGGACCAUCCAAAGAAAACCGGACCCCUUUAAGAUCUGGGCCCAGUCCAGGAGCAUGUAUGAAAGUAGGCUUCCAGAUUUCCAGGAGCAGGACAUUUUUCUGUGGAGGAAAGACACAGGGUUCGGCUUCAGGAUCCUAGGAGGCAACGAGCCAGGAGAGCCGAUCUACAUUGGCCACAUAGUGAAGUACGGCGCGGCAGACGAGGACGGACGCCUGCGCUCCGGGGAUGAACUGAUAUGCGUGGAUGGCACAGCAGUGGUGGGCAAGUCCCACCAACUUGUGGUGCAACUGAUGCAACAGGCUGCCAAGCAGGGCCACGUCAACCUCACUGUUAGACGCAAAACCAACUAUACCGUUAAAGCAGAGGGAGACGUGCCCCCAUCGCCGGCAUCCUCCCACCACAGCAGCACCCAGGCGCCCAGCUUCACGGAGGAGAUGGGGAAGCGCACCCCACAGGGCAGCCAGAACUCCCUAAACACCGUGAGCUCUGGCAGCGGCUCCACCUCCGGCAUCGGCAGCGGGGGAGGGGCGGGAGGCAGCGGUAACGCUGUGGUCGCUGCGGCAGUCGCCACCACCUCCUCUCAGCCCCCCAGCGCCAUCUCCAACGCCCCCUCCGCCUUGCAGCCCUACGACGUAGAGAUCCGCCGCGGCGAGAACGAAGGAUUCGGUUUUGUCAUUGUCUCUUCGGUGUCGCGGCCUGAAGCUGGCACCACUUUUGGGCGCAUCAUCGAAGGGAGCCCAGCAGACCGCUGCGGGAAGCUGAAAGUCGGCGACCGCAUCCUAGCUGUGAACGGGUGCUCCAUCACCAACAAGUCCCACUCUGACAUCGUCAACCUCAUCAAGGAGGCCGGGAACACCGUCACACUACGCAUCAUUCCUGGAGACGAGUCAUCCAACGCGUCUUUGUUGACCAAUGCGGAGAAGAUCGCCACUAUAACCACCACUCACACACCUCAGCAACAGGCUGCACCUGAGGCCAGGAACAACACCAAACCAAAACAGGAAUCGUUUGAAUUCAAAGCACCACAAGGCCCUCCUCCCCAACCCCCUACACAAGUCUCCGCUCAGGAUUCUGACUUCUACUCAGUAGACCUGGAGCGAGACAACAAAGGCUUUGGCUUCAGCCUGCGGGGAGGCAGAGAAUACAACAUGGAUCUGUACGUGCUGAGGCUAGCUGAGGACGGAGCGGCCGUCCGCAACGGAAAGAUGAGGGUCGGCGAUGAAAUCUUGGAGAUCAACGGCGAGAGCACCAAGGGCAUGAAGCAUGCGCGAGCCAUCGAGCUCAUCAAGAGUGGAGGCCGGCGGGCCCAUCUGGUGCUCAAGAGGGGUGAUGGCUCUGUGCCUGAAUAUGGUGGGUCAAUCUACGAAAACAUUCCCUUCUCCCCCAUCUUCACGCCCUGAGCCAGGGGACACUCAGUGGACGGUGGUGGGUCGAAGGGGAAAGAACGAUAUUACCCUCCCAGGACCCUACACCCAUCCCUGGGACAAACCCACCAGGGAGGGGGAAGGGGUUGGUUGGUCUUGUGUCUCUUUCUGGUGGAGGUCACUACUGGGCUUUGGGAUUUUUUUUGGGGGGGGGAGCAGGGGUGGAGCUUGCUCCCCUGGGUGCUGUUGCCCCCUCCUGCUGUCACCUGCUCUCAGUUUCCAUGUCAUCCCGCUGUCACUUUUCACCUUCUGGCCACUGAGCAAAAGCACUUUGCUGGGACUUUACAGAAUGGUGGUGGGUCUGAUUUCAGUGCUCCAUGAAAACAGAAACUGUUUACAGGGUUUGAAUAACCAGAGUAGUAACAAAUCAGUGUUUCCUGUGAGUAAGAAGUAAUAUUGAGGGCUCCAAAUCCUCAUUUAAACACUAAUUUAGCGUUAAGAGGAAAAGAAAACUUGAUCCAUUGCAUCCCAUGAUGAAAUGGGACAUCUCACAGCUUUGGUUAGGACAUGACACAAGCAUAUUUAUGAUAUUUAUUGAAGGUGAAUGUAAGCUACUGAACUCUUAAGGGUUUUAAGUGAGACCUGUAUUGAGAAGAAAAGGCAGUCUGAUGCUUUUUUUUUGCCAUUUCAAAGAGGAAAAUCUCACUAUACUGUGCUUGUCACUAAUCCAUGGAUUUUAUUUGCACCCACUGUUAAUGUAAUUGAAAAGCUGUGACAAUAGGAACUCCACCCAUCCCCAUUCAAAAAGAAAAAGAGUCGCUCCAAUUAUAUAGACGUUUUGUACAGUGAUGAAAAGAAUAGAGGCAUUUUUACAAGUAUUUUUGUUCCAUGUACAGAGCCAUGAUCGAAGCCACAUAUUAAUGGAUAAAAGUCUAUUGCUGCAUGAUCUUGUCAAAAGUGUAAAUUGGAUUUUUUUUUUCCUUCUAUUGUCUAUUUUCCAUAAUAUUUAUGGAACGUUCCUUUUUUUAACCGUAUUGACCAGUUUUGAUUGAUAGUCAUGAGUCAUCAUCAAUGUUUUCUUUUUGUUACUUUUCUUUUGAGUGGAGAUACAUUUGCCUGUCUUGAAAAGUUUGUCAAUGUAAUUUUAUUUGCGCUAAGAAUGUGCUGUCUUAACCUGCACCAAUAUGACAUCAUGUGAACUUGUAUAUUUUGGAUCAUUAUUCAAACUUUUUAGUUGGCACAACCUCUUGCCUAGUUUCUUUAAUUUUUAUUUUUUUUUAUUUCUGUCAGCAAUGUAAAACUGCUUCAUAUGCUAUUGUUGUGUGUGUGAGUCUCACUGUCUUUAUUUUGGGGGUUUGGGUUUCUGCUGCUUCUGUGUCCACGUUUAGGUGUGUGUGGGUUAGUGUGUCUGAGUGUAUGUGUGCGCUUGGUUCCAGGACUUUUCUCUGUAACUGAUGGGUUCCACUGAAGGGUUUGGGUAAUUUCCUGGACUGUCUCUUUACUCUGAAUGACUCAAUGAUCAAAUAAACACUUUUUUUUUCAUUAAAAAAAAAUCAACACAA